CGCGCACACACGCGCGCCUCUUCAUAUUCAUCCGCAGUUUCCGAGCGGGAGCGCAGGUGGCGGGAAGAGGAGGAGACGCCGCUGGAGAAGGACCAGCAGGAACUGGACUCAUUUGAUUAGGAACGCAUAUCAUUGGGAAGAAAAAAAAGUUUGUUUAUAAAAAAUUUAAAAAAAGAUGCUCGUCUCCGCCGCUGCUGUUCUGUUCUGUGGAUUUAUCUCCUGAGAGACUGCUGCGGUUCUGACGCGACGUCCCGCCUGGUACAGGUACCGUUUCUUUAUGAAUGCGCACUCCAUCAUGGACCUGCUCGGACUCUACUUCCUGCAGCUCGCCCUCCUUGGACUUCCACGCCUUGCCGACUCCGACGGCGGCUGGGACUGCCUGCGGGCGGGCGACGCCUGCUCCGGCGAUGACACCUGCAGCCCGCGACUGCGCACCCUGCGGCAGUGUGUGGCGGGCGACGGCAGCGUCAAGCUGGGGCCCGGAGCUCGCAACCAGUGCGAGAACGCCAUGACGGCGCUGCUAUCCACGCCGCUGCACGGCUGCCAGUGCAAGCGAGGUAUGAAGAAGGAGAAAAACUGCCUGAGCAUCUACUGGAGUCUGCAUCAGUCGGUCCUGCACGGUCUCAACCUGGUGAAGGACUUCCCGUACGAGCCCGAGGAGAGAGGGUCCGGCUACGUCCGCCUGGCCUCCAUCGCUGCAGAGUCAGAAGUGACCGCCGUCAACCGCUGCCUGGACGCCGCCAAGGCGUGCAACAUAGACGAGACGUGUCAGAAGCUGCGCACGGAGUACGUGUCGUCCUGCAUCCAGCCCUCCGCCCGCUCCGGGCCCUGCAACCGGCCCAAGUGCAGCAAGGCGCUCAGGAAGUUCUUCGACCGCGUGCCUGCAGACUACACCCACGAGUUGCUCUUCUGCCCCUGCACCGACACGGCGUGUGCCGAGCGCCGCCGCCAGACCAUCGUGCCGACGUGCUCCUACGAGGACAAGGACAAGCCCAGCUGCCUGGCCCAGCUGAGGGUCUGCAAGGCCGACUACGUGUGCAGGUCUCGCUGGGCCCAGUUCCAGUACGACUGCCAGCCCUGGGAGCAGAGCGCCAGCGGCUGCAAGCAGGAGAACCAUGGCGCGUGUCUGCUGGCCUACACCGGCCUGAUCGGAAGCACAGUCACGCCCAACUACCUUGACAAUUCCACCUCCAACGUGGGACCAUGGUGCUCCUGCAGUGCCGGCGGCCACCAGCGGGAGCAGUGUGGAGACUUCCUGGCGUUGUUCCACGACAACGUCUGCCUGAAGAACGCCAUCUUGGCUUUUGGCAACAGCUCGGAUGUGAAAACAGGCGGUGGUCAGUCCGGGAUUCCCAGCCCGACCGUGUACUCUCCCUGGGCCAGCGCCGCCCCGGGCGUUUCCAUGGAAACAGAGCAGAACAUCCUGAGAGCACAGAUACCAACUCAAGUCAAGGACAACAGAUUGUGGGGUGACGAUGGAGACUCCACUCUCCCCUCCCCCAAACUCUCGGAUCGCUCAUGCGGGCGCCCCUGCUCUUCUUCACCCCGCCUGCUGAUGAUGAUGAUGAUGAUGAUGAUGAUGAUGACGACGCUCCUCUACGGCCACUAGGGGGGGGUCGCUCAUGCCAGCCGUCGCUGAUGGACAACUUGGGGGGGUGGGACGUGAAAGUGGGCGGGGUCAAGUUUCCACGCUUUGUCUUUUUUUUUUUUUGUCUUUGGUGAAUCAUGACUCGGCACUUUUUGGUGCGCCCAACAGAUCAGGAAGCGCGGCGCCCCAUUUCCCGCUUCCGAAGUGUCGGAGAUGACUAACUUUGUUGCCAGAGUUUUAUCGAUUAUUGAACCUUCCUUUGUCGUGACCGAAGAUCAUUGAUGUGAGUCGUCAUUGUGACCACCAGGGGGCGGGACUGAGGC